AAAAUUCUCCGAAAUUUAACACUAUUAUUGUUACAUAGCCCCCAGCCCAAGUCCAAAGAAAUAGAGAGAAAGGACCGAAGGAUUGGACGGACGACCGAGCCGACGACGCCUCUUUUGCCGCCAGCCUGCGACCGCGCCCCGCCUCCAAGACCAGGACUCCACGACUGAAGCGUCUGAAGCAGACUACGCAGUCACGCGGCUCGCCGCCUGUCCACCUCAGUGCCUCACCGAAUCAUCGCCCGCCGGUCACGGACUCACGGCCCUCUGGCCUCUGCCCCUCACUGUCUCGGACCUCGGUAGUCGAUGGAGGCUUGGGGCAGAUGAUAGCAAAAUAAGUCCUCUUGUUUAAUUCUGAACAGGACCUCUAAUUUGUCAGGGCCGGCCCUGCUCCUCCCACUGCGGUCCAUCAGCUGUCCUGACGCCAGGUCGACAAAGUUGACGAACUGUGAGGAGGGCAGACAGUCCUUUGCACAAUACGGGUCAAACAGAGUGAACGGCAACGCCCGAGUUCAUGCUCUGUGGGUAGGUAAUUUGAACCUAACGAAAAUAAAAAAGUUCGUUAAACUUAGUUACCCGUUCGUUGAUCUUGUAAAUUCCUGAAUUUCAACUCGCUCUGCAACGAAAUAUGUGAAAUUUUAGAUUGGGAGAAUACUAUAAAUGCUGAAAAAGAAUCUGAGCUUGCAUUGCACUGAAGGACCCAUCCAAAGAGCAAAGAUUGUGCGAGACAUUACCCAAUUUACGUUCUGUUUGAGCUGGAAAUACUUUUGGGAGACCUAGGAUUUAUGUGUGGAUCAUAUUAACAUUUUGAAGACCUGUGCUAGUGAUUAACAAGUUGGGGGCAAACUAGACCAAAAGUGAAUAAUGGUGGUCACUUCUGGAGGCAAUCCAUUUGCCAAAGAAAUGGCCAUACGUAAACGCAUUGGCAAUAUAUAUAAUAAAAGAGAAGAGGAUUUUCCUUCAUUACGGGAUUACAAUGAUUAUUUGGAAGAAGUAGAGAAUAUGGUAUGUGAUUUGAUUGAAGGAAUAGAUGUUCCUGCUAUUGAGGCAAAGAUUUCUCAAUACCAAAAAGAAAAUGCUGAACAAAUCAUGAUUUCUCAAGCUCGCAAGGCUGAGGAGUUGGCAGCAGCCUUAAGUAAGGGACCUUCCCGACAUGAUGGUGAUACAGCAGGAGCCCAAAAUUCUCAAGCUGGGCCUAGUACUGUGCCACAUGGACAAUAUGCACCGGCAAUUGCUAUUGGCCAGCCACGCCCAACACAGCCUGUCCCAAUUGCGGCUGCUCAUGACGUGUAUGGCUUUGAGGUUGAAGAUGAAGAGAAACUGAGAGAACGAACUGAAAGAGCUGCAAGGGCUGGUGGAUGGAGCCUCGAAAUAAGCAGGAAAAGGGCUCUUGAAGAAGCUUUCUCAACCCUAUGGGUCUGAAUCUCUGCCUGUUUCUCUCUGCAGCCUUUCUGCUGAAGAAUACAGCUGAGUGUGUAAAAUGGAGUGUUAUUUACGCUGGAUCUCUAAUUUGUUAAUUGUGUGCAAUAUUUGCAAAACAAAAAAACAUCCACAGUUAUAUUUUCAUACCUCCCGCCGACACCCAGUGAAGGGACCCGAUAGAUUUAUAACAAAAGCUAGUGGCCUCUAACUUAUCUAUUACUGCGUAUUUAAAAAGUCUAAAAGACUGUAGUUAUGUAUUUGGCUCGAUAACUUUUUUCAGAAGUCCAAGUCUUUUACGAGACGCUGUGCUGGGUAGCGUUCAAUAAGAAGACAUUUUUGUUUUUGUAACAUUCCUCGUAUAACACUGCGCCUCCACCCCUUCAUCUUCUCCAACUUCCACUUUGCUUUCACCAAGUAAUCUGCAGGUACCCUCCAUCGUUUCCCCAUUAUGAUUGUCUUUCUUACGCCCCCUUUCACCCAUCUUUGUUUCUAGCGGAUGUUUGUAUCGAUUAGUGUAGUUAUAUUUUGAGAUUUGUAGCCAAAAUUUGUGUGAUAUUUGAGCUUGAUAAAUGUUACCCUUUUGCAUCAAUUUAAUUAAGUGUACUCGAAAUUUCUGUUACAUUUGAAAACGUGAAAAUGUUGAUUU